AUGACACCAACAAUAACGAAGGAGCAAGCUCUUUGUAUGAUUUUCUACGUAGAGUUUAACCCUACCAACAUGGAAAAUCUCAAGGACAGAAUCAAGAACAUGACUGAUAUCGAUAUUUGCUACGAGACUGACUCAUUACACCCAUUUCUUUUACCGCUCGUCAAAAUGUACUCAGAACCUUACCACUACAAAAAAUAUACUAAAACUUUUGAAACACUUGAAAAAAUACACCAUGUAGACAUGCAACAAAAGCAAGAAAUCCAUUUUAGCUCUGAUCGCCAAAUUGUGCAAUUUCUGAACGAAGUAUAUCUAACAACAGAUCUGCUGAACGACAGAGUAUAUACCAAAAAGCUAGUUUCAAACAAGGACAUCUUAUCUCACGUAUGGCCUUAUACAACGAAAUUUGACGAUAAAUUGGUGUUGGGAUUUUCAAAGUGGUGUUAUUCGAAGAAUGUUGCCUUCACAACUGUGGAUUAUCAAUGUAAAGCAUUUGAAAACGGUCAGCAGCAAAGAGAAUUAAUCCUUAUUCUUAUGUUUAAUAAUAAAAUUAUGAAACCUACUACAUUUAAUAGUUAA